UUGGGAGAAUUCUGAUCUAUCUAUUUGUAAUUUUUCUCGUCGCUGAUUCAUUUUCCGAUCAGAUUUUGUUAUUUUUCGAGAAAAUAUCCGAUUUCUAAGUUUCUCCGGGUUUUGUUGUCGGAUAACACUACGAUAUAUCGGGGUUUGUUGGGCGGUGUGCGUUGGUCGCACCGGGAGGAGGCUUCGUGAGGUCGAGAGGGCGGCGGCGGAACCAUGGUGGAGAUCAACGUGCGGCGAUCGACGAUGGUGCAGCCGGCGGAGCCGACGCCGCGGCGGCAGCUGUGGAACUCGAACCUGGAUCUGGUGGUGCCGCGGUUCCACACGCCGAGCGUCUACUUCUACCGCCCCGACGGGUCGGCGGACUUCUUCGACGCGGCGGUGAUGCGGGACGCGCUGGCCCGGGCGCUGGUGCUCUUCUACCCCAUGGCCGGGCGGCUGGGCCGGGACGAGGACGGCCGGAUCGAGAUCGACUGUAACGGCCAGGGGGUUCUCUUCGUGGAGGCCGACACCGGCGCGUCGGUGGAUGACUUCGGCGACUUCGCCCCCACCAUGGAACUGAAACAGCUCAUCCCCAAAGUGGACUACACCGACGACAUUUCCGCAUUCCCGCUGCUGGUCCUCCAGGUGACCUACUUCAAGUGCGGCGGCGUGUCGCUCGGCGUGGGCAUGCAGCACCACGUGGCCGACGGCUUUUCCGGCCUCCACUUCAUCAACUCUUGGUCUGACGUCGCCCGUGGCGUCGGCAUCGCCGUCCGGCCCUUCAUUGACCGCACUCUCCUCCGCGCCCGCGACCCGCCCACCCCGUCCUACCCCCACGUCGAGUACCAACCUGCUCCUCCCAUGAAGAACGCGCCCCCGGCGACCACCUCGCCGCCAAUCAACUCGGUCAAGGCCGCGGGCGCCGCCGCUACCGCCGUCAACAUCUUCAAGCUCACCCGAGCCCAGCUGAACCUGCUGAAGAGCAAGGCGGCCCCGGGCGGCGCCUUCAGCACGUACGCGCUCCUAGCGGCGCACGUGUGGCGCUGCGUGUGCCUGGCCCGCGACCUCCCGCCGGACCAGCCGACGAAAAUGUACAUCGCGACGGACGGCCGGCAGCGGCUGCGGCCGAAGCUCCCGGAGGGCUAUUUCGGGAACGUGAUAUUCACGGCGACGCCAGUGGCGUUGGCGGGUGAGGUGGCGGCGGCGGCGGCGGCGGGCGGGGGGCCGGCCCUGGCAGCGGGGAGGAUCCAGGAAUCGCUGGCGAGGAUGGACAAUGAGUACCUGUGGUCGGCGCUGGACUACCUGGAGAUGCAGCCGGACCUGGGGGCGCUGGUGCGGGGCGCCCACACGUUCCGGUGUCCCAACAUCGGGCUCACCAGCUGGGUACGGCUGCCCAUCCAUGACGCCGACUUCGGGUGGGGGCGGCCGGUGUUCAUGGGGCCCGGCGGCAUCGCCUACGAGGGGCUGGCCUUCGUGCUGCCGAGCCCCACCGGGGACGGCAGCCUCUCCGUCGCCAUCUCCUUGCAGCCGGACCACAUGCAAAAGUUCCAGAAGCUCAUUUACGACAUCUAGUCAAAAGGAUUCGAGGUUGCUGCUACUCGAGAAGGAGAGUGGCGACAUCAGACGUCGACGAAUUUAUUACCUCUUUUUCCGCGUUCUGGACUUGGAUAUAUGUGACAAUUGUGUAGGAGGCAUCCUUAAAAGGAAGAAGAAAGCAACGUGUUUUCCCAGUGGGUUGGUGUCGUCCACACAAUAGAUAGCAUAGUCCAUGAAACAUUCCAUUAGCAUCUCUAUGUUUCGCAGCACAUGGAUCACUACAAAAAAUUGGUGAUUGCUUA